AUUUCUCACCCCUCUAUUUUUUGGAAUUCACAAUUUUACCCUUCUCGAAGUCUCAACUCCUCCGGCAAGCAAGCCCUCUCCUUUUGUAUAGGGAGGAAAUCGAAAGGGGUGCCGCUUUGGAGAUCUGAUCCAAAAUUCAUGCACUGAGAGAGUAAUUUUGUGCUAUAUUUAACCAGAUGGGUCUAAUGUUUACAAAAUUGUUCUCUUCACUCUUUGGAAACAAGGAGGCUCGUAUACUUGUUCUCGGCCUCGACAAUGCCGGCAAAACCACCAUUCUCUAUCGGCUCCAGAUGGGUGAAGUUGUCUCCACGAUACCGACAAUUGGAUUUAAUGUGGAAACGGUGCAGUACAAUAACAUCAAAUUCCAAGUUUGGGAUUUAGGUGGACAGACAAGUAUCAGGCCAUAUUGGAGAUGCUACUUUCCAAAUACUCAGGCCAUAAUCUAUGUUGUUGAUUCAAGUGACACAGAUAGGCUGGUGAUAGCUAAAGAAGAAUUUCAUGCUAUCUUGGAGGAGGAGGAGCUAAGAGGAGCAGUAGUUCUUAUUUUCGCAAAUAAACAGGAUCUUCCAGGUGCAGUUGAUGCUGCUGCGGUGACAGAGGCUUUGGAGUUGCACAAGAUAAAAAACCGCCAAUGGGCUAUUUUUAAAACUUCGGCGACUAAAGGGGAAGGCCUUUUCGAAGGCUUGGACUGGUUGAGUAACACACUUAAAUCCGGAAGUGGCUAAGCUAACUCGUGUAUUCGUAGCUUGCGAAUUUACGGGGAAUCGUGUUUGCUCUGUAUGAUCUAUUAGAAAUUUGAGUCCUUGCAGAUUUACGGCUUUCUGAUUUUGAUUUCUUUGUUGAGUAAACUAGUAGACAUGUGAAAUUUUUGUUAAAGAUUUUAACAUUUUCAUUCUUAAUUGAUUCUACAUGUGCUUCCC